GUCCGAUGCACCGGGCCGGGAGCGGGGCCGGAGCCGCCGCGACACAGACACGCGGAGGCUUCCGAGGGUUUGGCAGGAGGAGCCGGCGCUGCAGCGCUGUGGAGAGAGGGGACUUCACAGGCGGCAUCUAUGGCACCAGCCUCCCGCUCACCAGCCUCUCCGACCCCCGCCAGAAUAUACAUACCAGUGAUUUGGAACAUGAUGUCCACCUUCCUGAAAAUAAAUACUGUCUCUUGGGAGACAAGACUGGCAGAGGAGGUGUUCUUUCAAGCAAGUUCCACAAGGAUGCUUACACAACAGCAGUGGAACAACUGGCAGAUCUUAGGUUGUCAGAAAAUAGGACUGGAACACAGCUCAGUCAAAAUAAUAGCAAGGAAGGGAUGUUUCAUUCCUGGAGAUAUACACAUGAUCAAAGCAAUUCUACUGUGAACAGAGACUCCAAUAAGCCUCUAGUGGAAAAACUUUCCAGUUCACAUGGUAAUUCUUUAAACUUCUUUACUGUUAAUCCCGCAUUGGUCGGGACCCAUAUGAACAGCUAUCACACAGUGUCUCACCGGGGACCUCGGCAGUUGCCAUUAGGAAUCUAUUGGACAAAUGGAGAUGGGGAUUUUUUCAAGGCCAGAAAUGAAACCACAGCUUCUGACUCCUAUCCUGCUACAGAAAGUAGUAGUGAUGACACUUUCUGUAUGUCCAAAUGGAAUUUGAAGUUGCGAAACAGCCGUGUUGAGAACAGUCUUUUAACAAAGGAAGGUGAUGUUUCUGAGAGUGAAAAAGCGAAUGAUGUUUUGCUUAAUUAUUUCAAAUAUAUGGAUCUGAACUUAAGACCAGAAACUAUAGAAAACAUUGAAAAAGCUUCCUCUAAGCACCAAAAUGAAGUGUUUCCAUACCCUGAUUUUCUCCCACCACCUUUCAAUAACCUGGACUUACAAAAGUUGGCCUUAUCAAAAUGGGAUGACUGGAAGGAAGUCUUUAAUCCACCACCAGAAAGCUCUGUUGUGAAAUUAAUAUCUCGUUUGCUGGAAAUUGAAAGAAUGCAGCACUUGACUAUAUUAAAAGAGAAGACAAGAGACCUGACAACAUCUUCCAGUAUGAUGCUUGGCAGUCGACCCAGUUCCACAAAAUCCAUGCAUCAGUUGAAGCAGUCAAGACUGUCUGACCCUUUAUGUCUUCAGACACCUUUUAAUCGAGACUAUCAAGAGAAAAAUAAAUCCACCCAUUCUGGCUGCUGCACGCAUGAGUGGAACAGUUCAAAAUGUACUUGGGAGUACUGUCAUCAUUGCAAAUGGAGUGCUGGAACAUCCUCCAUUAGAAGUUCAUCCACAAAGCAGCUUAGAGCAUCUUGUGAUGCCUUUAAAAGCUCUAAAACCCCCGUCAUUUUAAACUCUAACAUGCUCUUGCGGAGGUCUUCCUCAUGCUGUGUGGCGGCACCAAGAACUCAAUCAACUCUUAAAUUGACUUCCCCAAAGCUACUGCCACCAAGUACAGCUAUAACCAGUCCUUUCCCUGAUAAGGACAGUUUAAAACAUAAACAAUCAAGGACCAAAAAGAAACUCUACAGAAAAAACGUAGUAACGGGUAAGACUUUUCAUUGCCAAAAGUUAAAAUCUGUAUCUGCUAUGCCAAAGCAGAAGUACACUCACACUGACAAACAGUAAUUUCUUAAAUUCAUACUUCUCAUUAUGAGUGAGUCCUGUUAAGCAAUCUUACUUUAUCUUGAUUUUUGUCAAGUUAAAAUAUUUUUAAUGGUAUGAGAGACAGAAGUGAUAUGAAAUAGCACUUGUGACAGUUGAAUCCACCUGUAUUGUAGAAAAAUCAAGUUUUAUCCCUCUGCCUGCUGACAUCUUUUACAGACUAUUUGUGUAACUUUUAAAAGAAUUGGAUCAAUACAAGCAUACCAGGAGAUCGAGUUCUUGAGUGCAACUAUAUAUUUUUAAAUGUUUACGAAAGUAAUAUCAAUAAAGUAUAGUUAUAUUACACUAGCACCCAGAAAAUCCCACUCAGCAUCAGUGUUCCCCCAUGCGCUAGGUGCUGUAUUAAUACAUGGGAAGAUACGGUGUCAGCCAUAGAGAAUUCACAAUCUAAGUGCAAUAUGAAGGGUGGGAAGAGAGAGAAAAAUACAAUUUCUAUACAUUUGUCAUUUUUUCCUGAUACAUAGAUUAAGGACCAAUUAUCUGAUUAUGCACGUGGGAAAACACAGAAGCAAAAUGAAUGUAGUGCAUCCCUUCAAAUAGCUUUAGGUUUCAGGGUUACCAGUCCUCAGUACCUCUCAGCAUUAACUGAGGAAGAUGGCAGGACAUCAGUUUACAAUCUUCUUCGCAUAUUUAAGGAUAAUUUUCUUGAUGUAAGCCAGAAACAAUUGUUUUUAAAUCCCUGAAAUUUUAGCUACUGGAGCUCAUUUGUACAAGGGCUGAAUAUUACACUCAUAGAAUACAAUAUAGCAUGGUCUGUAAUGCAAUACAUUCCUAUAAGUGCUUCUCGUCAGAGCAACAUACACACAAUUACAUCUCAACAUCCUGGAGUUUAAGGUAAACUGUAGUACGGGAGGGGAAGGAAAGCAUUGAUUGCCACUUUGAACACCCUGAUUUUAGUUGCUUAUCACUUUUCAACUCUUUCAUCUUUGGGGCUGAAAGAGGAAGGGGCAGAGCACAGAGCUGGAGUCAUGCAUCAGCAGUCUCUGCUGGCAGGGCUCUUGUGGAACCCUGGGGAGAAACUAAAGCUUCUCCCCACCCGGUAGAAAUAUGAAGGGAGUACAUUAUCAAGGGAGCAUAGCUUGAGUGAAUCUGGCUUAUGAUCUUAACCAAUUCUUAUUCUCAUGAGAGUUCUUGGAAGUAAUUGGUUGUGCCGCCCCCCCCACCCCACUGAUUGCUAGAUCUCAUGGUUGAGAGAGGGCCUAUGUAAAUCACCCACUCCCACUGGUGGGUUGGGCAGGAUAAUUACGACCCCUGUAUUCCAGAACUUGAGGACUUUUCAGUCACCAACAACUUUAACAUCCAGCCUUGCACCACAAACUGAUUAAGACCUACUCAGCUAAGCCUGUGCAGAAGAUCUUUUCAAAGUGAUUAGCAUUCACUGAAGUUACAAUUAUACACUUUAAUGAGAAGAUUUUUCUCAAACUUCACUGUGGAAUCAAAUGGGUCUGUUCUCUAGGACCUACAGUGUACUCAUUUUUGUACUAGAUACACAAUUAAAGAUCCCAAGUACAGAUAAAUCCAGUUGUAAGAACACUCUCUGCAUGCUCUCCUGGCUCAUUGCCAGUACAGCUUGUCCCAAAAUAGAUUUCUUGUUUUAGAAAACUUCCUAUUUAAAGUGAGCAUUAAAGUAUUUAGGGGCCUGAUCUUGACAACUUCCGAGCACCCGCAACUCCCAGGCAGUGGCUGCACUGGAUAAAAGGGGCACAUAAUAUGCCAGCAGUGCAGUUCCACUAGUGGAAGCUAUAUGAUAGAGAGGGCUUUCAGAUUUCUAUCACCAUGGUACUUAACUAACCUGCUGGUGAGCUUUGAAGUUCAAAAACAGGACCAAUGAUCGAUAGAGAGCCAGAGUAGUGACUGGAGCGCUGUGCACUUGUCAGCUCAGCAGCUUUCUGUAUCACUUGAAGUGUCAUAGGUCCCAAUUGAAUCAGAGUUUUGGAUUGCAUGAGGAUAAAAACACAAAACAUCUGAACUCAAAACUGACAGCAGACCCCCUUCCACUGUCUAAACAAGAAAUUGUGCUCAUAUUGCUCAUGGUGAGCAGCUCACUGCUUCUGGAACUGGUUUAUUAUUACACCUGGAGAAUAUAGAGUUCAUAUUUAGGGACAACCGGCAUUUGUUACAUUUUAAAAAUGUAUUAGCUCAGCUCUUGUAAGGGCAAGUGCUAAGUAAUGUAUCUUACAGAUCAAUGCAAACUGUGAGCCAGAACUCAUUUACAUUUUCUCUUGCUAAAUCGAACAAUUUCGUAACAAAGAUUUAUCCCAGAGGUUUCAAAUGAAAUCUAUUUAACAAUUUUUCAGGAUAAAUGGUUUGUGAGUUGAAGUAGCUGCAUAAUUGCAUUUUAUUCAUAAGCUCUUGAAAAUGCAGCCAUAAAUUUUAAAUAAACUUGACAUGUUUCUCUGAACAAAUGCUGCCAGCCGUGACAGCUGGCUGGUGGUGAAUAACAGUCAUCUCAGAACUCACUUAACCAUUGUACCAUGAUUGGGUUAUCAGUGACUAAGAGGGAGUGAUUAGAAUCAGCAUCUUUGAAAGGUGAGAAGCUACCAACCAACACACCACCCUACAUGGUUACAUUUAAUAUAAAAAUAUUUUGAUUCAGGUCGGCUGAUAUUCACCCCAUUCACUGAGUCAGCACAAGAUGUACUCAUCUGUUACAUUUCAUUUAAAACUAUUGGCUAGGGCCAAUCUGGUUUAUGUUGGUAACAUUUUCAUUAAUACCUAUAUAUGAAAUGGCAUAUCAUUCAGAACUGCACUUGAAAACAAUGAAUCACUUCAUUGGUGAAAUUGGAAAGUUUUCAGAUUGAGGGGUUUAAAACUAGUUUAUAAAAGAUCAUUCUAAUUAUGAAAAAAUGUUCAGUCUAUCAUAAUAUAUUAUUGUCAAUUAUUCUAACAAGUGCAUAAUUGUGUGUGUGAUUGAGGGGGUGCGAGUAGGAGAAGCAUUUAUAUUCACAGUCCAAAGCAGCAAACAACAGGAAAUAGAAAGGGGAAAAUCUCACAUUAGGUGCUGUAAGUUACUGGCAUGGAUAGUAAAAAUCCAGAUAGUACACUUGAGACUUAAAAAAUAAUCACUUUACAUAAAAAUUUGACCAAUUUACAAUCUGGUGAGUGCCUCUUUCUUUUAAAAAGUGACAUGACGAGCAAAAAAACAAAACAAGACGUGGAUUUGGGACCUAUUUUUGUUCUUUCUGAUGUAUAAAGGCAGCCUGACAGGGUUUUUUUCUUUUUGCUCUUUUCUUUUUUUAAAACAGUUCAAAAACAUCAAGAACAUGAUGGUCUCUAUUUUCCCUGUUUUGCUGUAGAUCUCCUUUGGAAGACUAAGAUAUGGAUUGGAAGCUUUCAGUCCUUCAUUAAAGGGCUAUUGAACCUUUAGCAAAAGAGCUCUUCUGGUUGGCAGGCAUUUGAGUUAAAUAGGGAUUUACAAAAAUGAACACAAAAGUUUUAAACAGUCAAUAAAAAAAUUGCUUCUUUCUUCAAUCAAAUUGCACUUGUUUGGUUACUAUCAUAAACCUACUAGUUGUCCAGUUGUUCAUAGUCUCUCCCAGGAAAGACGCAUAAUGCAAGUAGUAGGGGAAAAAAAUUGGGGGGAGAGAGGGGAAGGCAGCUUGCAGAUCAUUUUUCAUUACACUCGUCUGUUGACAAGAAAUUAGAGCCAUCAUUCCAAAUUUCAGUAUGUACAAUGGUCUCGUAGGGUAUUUCCUAUAAUUCCACAGUAGUCAAAUAUUUUAUUCAUUAGCAUACACAGCAUCUGUUAAAAGGUAUCUGUGAAGCUACACAAAUUUUUCAGAAAAUAAUUAUAAUAAAAACUGGACCAAAUGAGUCAAUAGAGGUCACUAGCAAGGCCUCAAAUUGGACCCUUUUGAUUGAUAAAUUUUUGAGGAGACUGUCUCCAUCAUGUUGAUUGGACCUGUCUUUGCAUGUGACAGUGCAAAAUCAGACUGAAAGAUGUAAAAUAAAAAAAUCCAGUCGGAUCCAGAUGGAAUUGGAGCAUCUCACCCAUGCUCUUCUCAAAACUGGAGAUAAUUAACACUGUGCCUUUAUAUAGAGGAGGAGAGCUAAAAAUAGCAUGUCUACAGCAGCACACUAGUGCUUGACUAGGUUUUUCAGAGCUGUACACAGUAGUGAUAAAUUACAUGCUAGUGCACAAGCAGACAAGUAAACAAAACAGCAGCAAGCGUGGCUGCCUUUUGUUUUAAAACUCCCACACUCAGUACAAUGGAAACUUGACAAAAAAAAAAAAAAAAAAAGGAUGACCAAGAAAAGAGAAAACAGAGAGAUGCUGUCAAGCACCAGUAGUAGAGAAUUUAAAAAAACCCAACUCCCCUCCCCCCACCAAAUCACUACUUGGGAGUGUCACUUUAACUAUACAUUCCUCAUCAAUCAGCUUGAUUUUGAACUAGAAAUUCCCAGGAAAUCUUGAUGCUCAGUUUAGUGUAAAUCCUUUUCAGAUUCAUUUCUAACAAUGGCAAAAUAAUUGGUAGCUUGCUGUGGACGUGCCUUUAUGAGACAACUGUAAAUACCAUCUUUCCGCCUUCAGAAGCUUGAACAAGAAUUACCCUUACAUGGCCAACUGCUUUGGCCAUGAUCCUGGCUACAGUUAAUUAGGAUCUAGCCAUUUGAUUGUUUCCUAUGUUUAAAAAAAAAAAAAAAAAGAGAUUUUGUGG